AUGAACAUCUCGUGUCAUAUGAACACCUUGUAUCAUAUGAACACCUCGUGUCAUAUGAACACCUCGUGUCAUGUGAACACCUCGUGUCAUAAAACGUUUUCUCGUAUUAAUACUUCUUAUACUUUCUCUUUUACUCUUUCUCUCUUUCUGUUUAGUUUUUUUCCUUCGCUCUCACUUUCAUUUCCUCCUUUUUUCUAUCUCUUCCACUCUAGUAUAUUUUUCCUCUUUCUUAUACAUCUUCUCUCAUUAGUUAUUUAUCAUUCUUUUUAUCUCUUUAUCCCUGUUCGAUUUCUUUUUCUUUAUUUCAUUCUUUAUAUUUUUACUUAUUUUUCUUUAUAUUUUUCUAUUUAUAUAUAUUUUCUCUUUUUUCUUUCUUUCUUUAUCUUUCUUUGCUUUCUCUCCCUCUCUCUCUCUCUCUCUCUCACUCACCCACUCACUCACUCAUUCACUGUCUUUUUUCUGUUUGUUCCGCUUUUUUCUCUAUUGUUCUCUCUCAAACAAAUGUUUCCCUUUCCCUCAUUCUUUCACUUUUUCCCACUAUUUUUUCUCGUUUUUCCUCUUUCCUUUAUAUUUUAUUUUCUCGUUCUCUAUUCCUCUCUCUGUCCUUUUUCUUUCAUUUUCUUUCUCUCUUGCUUCAUCUUUCUAUCAUCGCUAUCCAUUUCCUGUGUUGUCAUUUUUUUCGUUUUUUUUUUCCUAUCUUUCUCUACCAUUUUUUCUCUCUUUGCUCGUUCUUUUACCCCUCACAGCAUUUCGCUGUUGAAGUCUUUUAAAGUUUUGAUUAUAAUCGCUUCUCCUUCAAAGCAUUAA